AUGGGGGACCCGGUCAACGCCAAGCUGCUCAAGCAGAUGAAGUUUCCGCCCGAGUUCAAUUUAAAGGUUGACAUGCAAAAAGUGAACGUGGAAGUGAUGAAGAUCUGGAUCGCCGGUCAAAUCGAGAAGAUCCUUGGGGAUGACGACAUUGUCAUCCAGCUCUGCUUCAAUCUCCUUGAGGGAACUCGUUUUCCCGACAUCAAGUCCAUGCAGAUCCAGCUGAUGGGCUUCCUUGAGAAGGAUACCGCCGCCUUCUGCAAGGAGCUAUGGGGGCUCUGCCUGAGUGCCCAGGAGAGUCCCCAGGGUAUCCCCAAGGAGCUUCUCGAGGCGAAGAAGGAUAUGCUCCGAAAGCAACAGCUCGAGGCAGAGAAAGCAGCUGAGGAGGCCCGCCGCCGUCGCGAGGAAGAUGACCGCAGAGACCGCGAAGUCGCCGAGCUGCGACGCCGAGACCGUGAAGAGCGUGGGCGUGGUGGCCGUGAUGAGCGCGGAUGGAACUCUCGCGGCCGCCAGGAGCGUGGACGGCGCGACAGCUACAGCUCCCGCCGCCGCUCUCAGUCUCCUCGUGGUCGCGGCAGUGACCGUUUCCGUGACCACCCAUCCCGUCGUGACUUAGACUCCUAUGUCCCCUCAAAUUCCUACAGAAGCCGCCGUUCCCCUCGCCCUUCCUCCCGAUCCCCACACCACUCUCCUGGACGACAUGAACGCCACGGUGGCAGUCGCUCCCCAGGCCGCGGUCACUCCCGAGGAUUGCGGCGCAACUCGGACCAUAGCAGCCGUCGUCAAUCCUUGGAUCAGGAAAAUCUCGGGGGCAAGGAGGAUGUCGCAAAGCCCAAAGGAAAGGGAGAUUAG